AUGUCUACGACUAUGAUCAUAGAAUCAUUCGACACUCAAAUGUUUGACUCGGGCGACACUGACAUGUACACCGGGAACGCAUCAUCCGACCCGUGGCUCCCAGCAGAGGCGACCAUGACGGACGACCACCUGGAUCCAAGCACAAAUCUGGACGAGAUCUUUGCUCAGCAUAGUGUUGAGGUCGAUAUGGAGGACAAUGGUAUUGAGAUUGUGGAGUACGAGAUGGCUGAUGAGGCGGCAAUACAUAGAGAGCACGAUGCUGACUCCCUUGACGUUGAUGUCGUGGAUGCCUCUCGAGCCGCCUCGCCGCAUCGUCUGGACAUCGCUUCAAGCCCAACUCAUCUCGUACCAGAGAUAUCUGCUCCGGCAAUUGCAUCCGGCCCUCCAGCUGACUUGAUGGAUAAUACCAUAAUUCCAGCAGUUGCGGAUGCCGAUCGCAGCAACACCGAGCUUAUUCCUGUUCACGCUGAACUGGUCAGCGCUGCACUACCUGUAUCCCUGCCUGCUGAUAGGUUGCCAGAAGCACGGUCUGCCGAUCUUUCGGAUGUGCAUUUGCAGUCUGGCGACGACGCUUACAAUAAUUCAGCGGCUCAGCUAGCAGCUGUGGAUGUAUCGCCCACUUACUUCCCAGUAGACGGUAUAUCUACCCAGGCCAUUUCUGACACGACCGCGGUCGCUUCUACGUCGACUAGCACUUCUCAUGACCUUCAACGUGGCAAGGACGUCCCCGCGGGCGGUACAGCUGUCAAGCAAUCGACGAGUGAUACUAGUGAUUCCUCUCCUCGUAUUGACCCCACCACUAUUGUGAUCCCGGUAUCCGAAGAGCAGGCCGACCCCGCCGACCCGCGUCUAACGGUUCAGCACGAACCAGAUAGCAACCAAGCCUUCUCAGAACACCCUUUAGACCCAACAGACAUCCAGGGCGAUGUGGGAGCGGAUGAAGGUGAUCCGCAUGAAAUAUCUGAAGGGGUUUACAUCGAUCCUCCUCCUGCGGUGCUACUCUCGGUGACUUCGCCCGCGGGAACUCUCGAGAGUUCGCUGUUUAAUCAGCCUAGCGUCAGUCCUGGAUCUCAAAGUCCAUCGACUAGUACCGUUCAGCAACGAUCUUUGGCUUUAUUGCUGCAUCAUCGUCCAACCCUCUAUUAUGAGCCAUUAUCCGCUGUUUUUGAUGCAUUACGUCAGGAUGAGAGCAUUCAAAAUUUCUUGGAUUUAGACAAUGGCGAAUUACUACUGGAGGCGUACGACUUACAGCUUAGUAUCUCGGAGGAUAAUGUGCAUGUACAUGAAGUAACACUUCAUGAUCUCAACGUCCUACACGACGGUGCUGAUCUAUAUGGACCACUUCGUCUUGAGUUGCGUUCAAUAAUACCCCGAUUCAUUAUUCGGUAUCAAGCCCUUCGAGAUCAAAUAGCGCGACUAGAUUUAGCGGCGGGUGAAGACACUCAUGAUUAUGAGCAGGGUAAAUUCUCUCUCGAUCAUGACGAAACGCAAUACCAAGACCAAGAAGGACAGGGACAAGAACAUGAAUAUGAGCACGAGCACGAGCACGAGCAUGGUCAUAAGCAUGACCAAGAGCAAGAGCAGGAGCAAAUUGCUCCUGACCGCUAUUCUGCUGAUAUUGGGAGAGUACUUGAGGAUGGUGAAAGACCAGAUACACGGACUUCUGACGACGUUCUUUCGCAUGAUUUUCAGCAGACAACUGACGAGGUCGCAGAUGAUACCUCUUCUAAACAGAAUGAUGGGGAUGCUGGGGAAGGUGGAAGAGACGUACGCGACCAUGGGACUUCUGACGUUGUGGCGGCCUCUUUCGAAGGUGACAGUGGAGAAUCGGAAGACACUCUUAACGAGCAUGAAGUCCGUCAAUGUGCGGAUGCUGAUGAAGGGGAGGAUUAUGUGGACUACACUGACAAUGUCGACAACGAGGAGCAAUUUGGAGAGGACCUCCAAGAGGAGCUUGAAGGGAACCUCGUUGUGGAUGAGGUUGCGGUUGAAACCUUGAAUAAUGGAGUAUACGAAGGUGAAGAUAACCAAGAAGCGGUGGAUGCCAACGAAGCAACCGAGGUUAAAGCGCAUCCCUCUGCGCAUGACACCUCAGACGAUCUCGAUGUUUUAGAAGAUAAUGUCGUAUCGGGUAUUCAUAUCAAGCCCGUUGGUGAGAUACAACAUACUGACUUUUUAUCUUCCUUUGAAGAUAGCGAGGAUUUUGAUGCGUCGCAGUUCGAUGCAAUCCCAGAGGCUCCAGUUGCGUUGCCCGUGUCGGUCGCCCCAUAUUGUUUGACGACCCCACAAAAUCUGGAUGGCGACGGCGCUUCCGUUGGCGACGAGGGUUUUGAGUCGCUGGAUGGUGAUGAUCAAGAAGAAACCCUGGCAAGGUCCCCCGACAUAGAUUCGCAUGCCGGAGAUACUAUUUCCCUUAGAGCGACCUCCCCUAGCAUAGCAGUGAAGCGGGUACAUGAUGAACUCGAUCUAGAUGACGAGUUUGAAGAUGAAGAUCACCCUGCUAGUCCUCCAGAUCAUAAGCGUUUGAGAGUCCAAUGA